AUGCCAAUUGAUUAUUCUAAAUGGGACCAUAUUGAAAUAUCUGAUGAUUCAGAUAUUGAAGUCCAUCCAAAUGUUGAUAAACAAUCUUUUAUUAAAUGGAAGCAACGUGAUAUUCAUGAAAAGAGACACCAAAGAAACAUUGAAAUUAAAAGUAUUUUGAUUCAAUUAACCAUGUAUGCUAAACUCAAUGAAAGAGUUGAUUAUUUGAUGAAGAGCUUAACUCCUAAAGAAUUAUUGGAUGAUGACAAAGUUAUGUCUACUUUGAAUAAUGAAUUUGAUGCUAAUGAAAAAUUCGAUUAUGAGAAAUUAAUCAAAGAUAAAAGUUUAAGAAAAGGAUUACAAGAUUUAACUUUUGAUAAGGAAGAAAUUGAAAAUACUCCUUGUUAUAAUGAAAUGAUUGAAGAUUUGUUUAUUCAAGUUAAAGAAGAUCAUCCAGAUAGUAAAGAUGAUGGAGAUAAAUUGGUUGAGUAUUUGAAAGAACACAGAAAUAAAAUCGAUGACGUUUUAUCAAAACAAACUAUCAAAUUAGAUGAUUUAUUAUAUCAAAAGGCACAAUUAAUUGUCAGUGAUGAUUUACAUACUGGAUUUGACAGAUCUUUCUUGAACAAAGAUAAACCAGCAGAGGAGGAAGAACAAAAGCCACAACCAUCAUCAUCAUCAUCUUCUUCAAAACCAACCACUCAAAAGACUACUGUUACCACCACUGAAACUAUCAACCAACCAUCUACCACUACCAUCAACAAACCAAUGGAAGAAAAAACAGAUAAAGAAAUAUUGGAUGAAUUGGUGAUAUCCCCAGCUACUGAUGAGUUCAGUAAGAUACCAGCUACUGAUUACACUAAAUCUGCAGAGUUUUUAAUCAAGCAUUAUACAAUUUGUACAGAACAACAGAAGGAUGCUCUUAUGAUGUCAGCAUUUGAUUUGCAACUUGACAAUAGAACAGAAACUGCCAAACAAGUUGUUCACCAGGCUUUGUUAUUACAGUACAUUGCUAAUCUUACUGGAAAUAACCCACAUGCUCCAAAGGAUAAAGUCAUUAAUGCUAUCAAGUUGUUCUUUUCAAAAAUAUCUGAUGAAUCUACCCCUGCUCACCAAGUGUUUUGGGAAGAUGUUGAUAGAACAUAUGCUCAUAUUAAAAACAGAUGUGAGAUCAUCAAGCAAGAAAGACAACUUGGAGGUGGUGAUGAUGAUGAUGAUGGAGAACAAGAAGCUGUUCUUCAAUUACGUUCAUUGGAUGACAAAACUCAAUUACUGGUGAAUAUGCCUAAAGAAGGUACUCCUGAGUAUGAAUUAUUUACCACCAAAGUUCCAGUUGAAUUUCAAAAAGCUAUAGAAACUGAAUCUAUUGAUGAAGUUAAUAAAGAAUUUGCUAAAUUAAAGUUUGAAGAUGCUGAACAAGUUUUAGAUAUUAUUCAAGAAUGUGGAGUUAUUGGAUUAAGUGGAUAUUUGGAUAACGAGAAUGAUUUUGAAGAAUUAAAAAAGGAAUAUAACGAAGAAGGUCAACAGGAAGCUAAAAUAGAAGAGAUUUCAGAGGAUGAAGAUGAAAAUCCAUCUAUCGGUAUUGAAGAUACCGUUGAUUAG